GCGGCGCAUGCGCAGCCGCUCGGUCCGCCCGGCGGCCAUUGUGGCGGCGGCCGCGUCUCUCCUCACAGGGCCCUAUAGCGCCCUAUAGAUCCCUAUAGAGCCCUAUAGCGCCCCAUAAGUGGCUUCGUUAUGGCCGGGGUGGGGGCGAAACGUGGAGCCGGGGAUGGGGGGAGCGGCCCCCCCGAGAAAAAGCCGCCCCGGGAGGAGCAGCCGCCGACGACGCUGAUUGAACCGCUCAGGCUGGGGGGGAUCUCGUCAACGGAGGAGAUGGACGUGAAGGUGCUGCAGUUCCGCAACAAGAAGCUGUCGGAGCGGCUGGAGCAGCGGCAGCUGGUGGAGGACGAGCUGCGCGAGCGCAUCGAGAAGCUGGAGAAGCGCCAGGCGACCGACGACGCCACCCUGCUGCUGCUCAACCGCUUCUGGGGACAGCUGGAACAGGAGGUUCAGUCCCUAUUGAGAAGCACCGAGGGGGGGGAGGGGCCACCAGGACCCCCCCAAAACGACCCCCCCGAACCCCCCACCCCCACCGACGAGGCCCUUCCCCCGCGGGUGGGGGAGGGGUGGCCGGAAGCGGAGGAGCCGGCGGCGGGGGAGGGGCAGCGGCCCCGCUUGGCCUUCGCCCCCAAGGCCAUCGCCCGCCUGCAGGGGGCGCUGGGGGCGGCGCAGCGCCGGGCCAACGCGCUGGGGACCCGCCUGGCGCAGAGGGCGGAGCUGUCCGGGGAGCCCCAGGCGCGCCUGCGGGAGCUACUGGAGACACCUGGGACCCCUCCCGAACUCCUGGGUCCCUUUGUCCCCUGGGUCCCAUUGUCCCUUGGGUCCCCCGGGACGCCUGGGUCCCCCCGAACGCCUGGGUCCCUUUGUCCCUGGGGUCCCCCCGGACGCCUGGGUCCCCCUCAGACUCCUGGGUCCCCCCUGAACUCCUGGGUCCCUUUGUCCCUUGGGUCCCCCCCUGAACUCCUGGGUCCCUUUGUCCCCUGGGUCCCCCUUUGUCCCUUGGGUCCCCCCGGACGCCUGGGUCCCCCCGAACGCCUGGGUCCCUUUGUCCCCCCGGAUGCCUGGGUCCCCCAGACACCUGAGUCCCCCCCCAGACUCCUGGCGGAGCUGUCCGGGGAGCCGCGCGCGCGCCUGCGGGAGCUGCUGCGGGAGAACCGGCGCCUGCAGGAGCUGGAGCUGCAGCUGCACCAGAGACACCACCGGGUGGGCAUGCAGCUCUCAGAACUCCAGGACAAGGCGACGUCGGCCGAGACGAAGGUGCUGGAGAUGGGGACGACGCUGGAGGGGCUGCAGUGGGACAGCGCCAAACUGCGCAAGAGGGAGGGACACCUGGACAGACACCUGGCCAAGGCGCUCGAGCAGUUGACCUCGGGCUCCUAUGGCUGCGGCAGCUCCGGGGGGUUCCAGGGGGGACAGAUCACGCUCAGCGGCCAAAAGUUUGAGAUGCUGAACGCGGAGCUGGAGCAGAACCAGGAACUGGCCAACAGCCGCAUGGCCGAGCUGGAGAAGCUGCAGCUGGAGCUGCAGGGGGCGCUGAGGAGCCACGAGAGGCUCAAGGUGGCCCUGCGGGCGCUCCCCGAGGACGCGGUUCGCGAGGCGCUGGAGUACAAGGUGCUGCAGUCCCAGUUCUCCCUCCUGUACCACGAGAGCCUGCAGGUGAAGACCCAGCUGGACGAGGCCAGGGGGCUGCUCCUGGCCACCAAAAACAGCCACCUGCGCCACAUCGAGCACAUGGAGAGCGACGAGCUGGGGGUGCAGAAGCGCCUGCGCACCGAGGUGAUCCAACUGGAGGACACGCUGGCCCAGGUACGCAAGGAGUACGAGAUGCUGCGCAUCGAGUUCGAGCAGAACCUGGCGGCCAAUGAGCAGGCGGGCCCCAUCAACCGCGAGAUGCGGCACCUGAUCAGCAGCCUCCAGAACCACAACCACCAGCUCAAGGGCGACGUCCAGCGCUACAAGCGGAAGCUGCGGGAGGUACAGGCGGAGAUCAACAAGCUCCGCCUCCAAGCUAGCGGCGCCCCUCCCCCCCCCGGGCCCCACCCCUCCCCCACCCCCCCCAGCCUUGACGAGCCCGCCCCCAUUAAAGAAGAAGAACCCUCCGCCCCCCCCGUAGGCCCCGCCCCUUUGGACCCCAAAAAGGAGGCGGCCGUGCCACCCGAAGCUCCGCCCCCCGCCAAACGCCCCGCCCCCCCGCAAGAAGAGGAAGAACCCAUGGUGGCCCCGCCCCCCCCAGUGCCCCGCCCCCCUCCAGCUAAAGAGGCUCCGCCCCCUCGGCCUGGCCCCUCCCCCAGGGGGGGACCCCGAGAACGGGAACGACCCCCCCGGGGUGGGGGGGGAGGGGCGGGGGGGGGACCCCAAGAAGAGCCCAAGAAGAAGGAUUCGGAGGCGCUAAAGCAGCUGAGGGGGGAGCUCAAGAAAGCCCAGGAGAGCCAGAAGGAGAUGAAGCUGCUGCUGGACAUGUACAAAUCGGCGCCCAAAGAGCAGAGGGACAAGGUGCAGCUCAUGGCGGCCGAGAGGAAGAGCAAGGCCGAGCUGGAGGAGCUGCGGGCGCGCGCGCGGGAGCUGGAGGAGCGCGAGCGGCGCGAGAGCAAGAAGCUGGCGGACGAGGAGGCGCUGCGCAGGCUGCGAUUGGCCGAGGAGCAGAUCGAGCACCUGCAGCGCAAGCUGGCGGCCACCAAGCAGGAGGAGGAGGCGCUGCUGUCGGAGAUGGACGUGACGGGCCAGGCGUUCGAGGACAUGCAGGAGCAGAACCUGCGGCUGCUGCAGCAGCUGCGCGAGAAGGACGACGCCAACUUCAAGCUCAUGUCGGAGCGCAUCAAAGCCAAUCAGAUCCACAAGCUGCUGCGCGAGGAGAAGGACGAGCUGGCCGAGCAGGUCCUGGCGCUCAAGGCACAGGUGGACGCGCAGCUGCUGGUGGUGCAGAAGCUGGAGGAGAAGGAGCGGGGGCUGCAGAGCAGCCUGGCGGCCGUGGAGAAGGAGCUGGCGCUGCGGACACAGGCCCUGGAGCUCAACAAGAGGAAGGCGGUGGAGGCGGCGCAGGCGGCCGAGGACCUGCGGGCGCAGGGCGAGCACGUGCAGGGGCGGCUGCGGGAGCUGGCGGCGGCGGCGGCCGAGAACCGGGCGGCCAAGGACAAGGAGGCGCUGGGGCUCAAACGGGCCCAGGAGGAGCUGUCGCGCCUGCGCCGCAAGCUGGAGAAGCAACGCAAGGUGGAGGUUUACGCCGACGCCGACCAGAUCCUGCAGGAGGAGAUCAAGGAGUACCGGGCCCGCCUGACCUGCCCCUGCUGCAACGCCCGCAAGAAGGACGCCGUCCUCACCAAGUGCUUCCACGUCUUCUGCUUCGAGUGCGUCAAGAGCCGCUACGACACCCGCCAGCGCAAGUGCCCCAAGUGCAACGCGGCCUUCGGCGCCCACGACUUCCACCGCGUCUAUAUCAGCUGAGCCCCGCGUGCCACCCGCUUCCCGUCGCGGCCAUGGGGGGUUGUUGGCCAACUGAGGGACUUGGUGGUCAACCAUGGGCAACUGAGGUCAACCGUGGGUAACCGAGGUCAACCAUGAUCAACCGUGGUCAACCAAGACCAACCAUGGUCAACCAUGGUCAACCUUGGGCAACCAAGAUCAACCGAAGUCAACUAUGGUCAACCAAGACCAACCAUGAGCAACCAACAUCAACCAUGGUCAACCAAGGUCAACCUUGGGCAACCAAGAUCAGCCAUGGUCAACCAAGGUCAACCUUUGGCAACCAAGAUCAACCAUGGUCAACCAAGGUCAACCUUGGGCAACCAAGAUCAACCAUGGGCAACCAAGGUAAACCAUGGUCAACCAAGACCAGCCAUGGUCAACCAAGGUCAACCUUGGGCAACCAAGAUCAACCAUGGUCAACCAAGACCAACCAUGAGCAACCGAGAUCAACCAUGGUCAAUCAUGGUCAUCCAAGACCAACCAUGGUCAACCAAGGUCAACCAUGGUCAACCAAGGUCAACCUUGGGCAACCAAGAUCAACUGAGGUCAACCAUGGUCAUCCAAGACCAACCAUGGUCAACCUUGGGCAACCAAGAUCAACCGAAGUCAACCAUGGUCAACCAAGACCAACCAUGAGCAAGCAACAUCAACCAUGGUCAACCAAGGUCAAUCGUGGUCAACCAAGACCAAACAUGAGCAACCAACAUCAACCAUGGUCAACCAAGGUCAACCAUGAUCAACCAUGGUCAACCAAGACCAGCCAUGGUCAACCAAGGUCAACCUUGGGCAACCAAGGUCAACCUUGGGCAACCAAGAUCAACCAUGGUCAACCAUGGUCAACCAAGACCAACCAUGAGCAACCGAAAUCAACCAUGGUCAACCAUGGUCAUCCAAGACCAACCAUGGUCAUCCAAGACCAAGCAUGGUCAACCAAGGUCAACCAUGGUCAACCUUGGGCAACCAAGAUCAACUGAGGUCAACCAUGGUCAUACAAGACCAACCAUGAGCAAGCAACAUCAACCAUGGUCAACCAAGGUCAACCAUGGGCAACCGAGGUCAACCAUGAUCAACCAUGGUCAACCAAGACCAGCCGUGGUCAACCAAGGUCAACCAAGAUCAACCAUGGUCAACCAAGACCAACCAUGAGCAACCAUGGUCAUCCAAGACCAACCAUGGUCAACUGACGUCAACCAUGGCCAACCAAGACCAACCAUGGUCAACCAAGACCAACCAUGGCCAACCAAGACCAACCAUGGUCAUCCAAGACCAACCAUGGUCAACCAAGACCAACCAUGGCCAACCAAGACCAACCAUGGCCAACCACAGGUCAUCACCACCUUGGAGACCCCACUUUCUUCUGCCUCCUCAUUGGUUGAACCCCCCACGAUGCUCAUUGGCCAACCCGCCCACCCCCUCAGCCAAUCACAACCCUCGGAGACAAGUCGACGCCCCCUGCAGGACCAACCCCCGCUUCAUGUCCGUGUUGGAACCCCCAGGUGCCCCACGGCACCCAUGGGUGCCCCCCUGGUGACCUAUGGGUGCUCCCCACCCCCACCCCCCGUGACCCAUAGGUGGCCCCGCCCCCUUCCAACCCAUCCCAACCAAUAAAGCGCUUGGAGCUGC